AUGGUUGCCAUCUCCACCUCAACCCAAUCGGCUCAGUCUAUCCUAGGACUAGCUGACACUCCAUUAACGGGUCUCAACAAGUGCAGAUACAAGACUGGUAAGUGCACCAACGUACGCUCCAGCAAGCGCAAUGGCCAACCACAUCAACUGUGUCUCUACCACCGUGACAAGGCCAACAAGAUUCAACGCAAGUUUGACCGUCAAAAACGUCAGGUCGCCCGUACUAAGAAGGCAUGUGACACUUACGGCAGCCUCAGUGGUCUCUCGUCUCCGUCGUCCAUCUCAAUGCUGGACAUGGCUGCUCUCGCAGGUCUGACUACCAUGAACGAUGCAGUAUCUCCAACUGGAUCAACCUACUCGACUUCCUCUUCCAUGUCGUACUCGUCACUGGCUUCACGUGAUGUCAUGUACACACCCGACUCGGUCGACUGCAGUCUUAACGAGACCGCGUGGUCUGGUCUACCCGUUGGCGGUGCUUCGUACUUGAUCGAGUUUGACGACAUGCCCCUAUCUAUGAGCAGCCACCAGAGCUUCUUAUCUUCAGACGAGAUCGAGUUUCUGUGCUCUGCCAUCCUUGAGUAA